AUGGGGAACUCUACUCAAACGAGCAAACGAGGUACUACCCGCAAGAAGCUCGACAUUAUACCUGAACAUCACGACGACGGAGGUCCACGCGAUGAUGACAGAGUGCCGGAGAGAACUCCCGAUGCACCGGAACGUGUUAGCGACCGACCUGAUAACGACCAUCCUGUCGAUGAUGUGCCCAAAUUAGAUAUUACACCAAACCGGCCUGCCACUCGACGUAGCACAAAACUCCCUUCAGUACAACAAACCGCUACGAACUCACGGUCCAGUAACCCACAACAAGGUAAUGCAAGAGUGCAACGGAUUGUUAACAAAACAGGUGGUACGCACUCAUUGGAAGAUACCCGGGCAGCAACCGAUGAUGCACUCCCGACCAUCCACACGAGGACAUCCCCAGCGAUAUUCGUGAAGGCGGUGUCCGGUUUGUCUGAGGACCAGAGACGUGCAGUCCGUGAUAUGGGAUUUGGAUGCUUGCUCGAUUUGAAGAUAACAGCAACCCCGGCGAAAAUGGGAUAUUGGCUGAUUGAUAACUUCAACCAUAUGGACCGGAAACUACAAUUAUAUGAUGGAGGAAAAAUCCAUGUGAAGGAAGAUGAUGUGUAUAGUGUGAUGGGGCUGCCCCGUGGAACUAUUGAGGUCGCGAAUCGAAAGAAAAAGACAGAUUCAGGAGCGUUGAAAGAAUGGGCCGAUAUUUAUAAUGUCAGUGUUGCCACCAAAAUAACGGCUACAAAGGUGUUGGAGAUGAUUCAGACAUGUGAUAGAAGCGACGACUGGUUCAAACGUCAUUUUGUGGUUCUCAUGAUUACGUGUUUGUUCGAGAGCUCUCAGAAAGGAGUUGCGAAUUUACGCACAGUUCACUUGCUCGACGAUUUGUCGAACGUGAACAAGAUGAAUUGGUGUGCGUACCUGAUUCGGUGUCUGGUGGGUGCUAAAAAAUCAUGGAAUGCUAGUCGGAAGCGCAAGAAUUUCACCGGACCGUUGCUAUUUUUGACGCUGUUUUAUGUCGAUAAGGUCGUGUUAUCGAUUAGAACCGUAGCGAGAUCACUACCGACUUUCAAAUCAUGGAAUAACGGCUUGCUGAAAGCAAGAGAGCGAGACGAGAUUGCGGCUGGCGCAUUCGGGAGAGGAUAUGUGGAUGAUGACAUACACGUGUCGGACACUCGUCACAUGUGGCAGCCCCAUUGUGAAUGA